UCUCUUUCAUUUUCUUCUCCAGUCCUGUUUGGCUACUCAGAAAAAGACUUUCAUAGACGAAACUUUAUAAGGGUUUUCUAAAUCCCGAUUCGGAAAAUGGCGUUCGCUGGUCGCUUGAGAUCGAGCCUUCCUCUCGUUUCAAAGAUUUUGAGAUCAGAUUCUCUAUCUGCUGCGAACGGAUCGGCUCCCCAAAGAGCCCUACUUUACCCUAUUUUCUCUGAUUCCGAGUUCUCGAGGAAUUAUGCAACUGCCACUGGGAAAAAGGAAGAAAAAAAAGUUAAGCUGCCUUUGGCUUUGUUUGGGGGUGCUGGAAACUAUGCCUCUGCUCUAUACCUUGCAUCAGUAAAAGCUAAUGUCUUGGACAAGGUGGAGUCUGAGCUUGUUGAUCUCAUUGAGGCUUCAAAGAAAAGUCCUCUAUUUUCUCAGUUCGCCAAGGAUUUAUCAGUUACAAAGGAUGUUCGACUGAAGGCAAUCAACGAUAUCUGUGCUCAAGCUAAGCUUUCAGAUAUUACAAAGAACUUUCUGGUUGUCGCCACCGAGAAUGGUAGGCUAAGAGACAUUGACACCAUAACAAAGAAAUUUCUGGAGCUGACUAUGGCUCACAGGGGCGAAGUGACAGCUAUUGUGACGACUGUCAUUCCCCUUCCGCCUGAGGAAGAGAGAGAGUUGAAGGAGACAUUGCAGGAGAUAAUUGGGCAGGGGAAGAAGGUUAAGCUCGAGCAAAAGAUUAAUACCAGCAUAUUGGGUGGGCUCGUGGUUGAAUUUGGUGAGAAGGUUUUUGACAUGUCGAUUAGGACUCGGGCUCGUCAAAUGGAGCGGUUCUUGCGGGCACCCAUUGACAUCGGCAACCUCUGAAAACCCAUAUCAGAACGGCCUUUCUUCCCUUUUUUCUUUGCUUCUGUAUCUGUUUCUCUUGAAGCUUCAAGAAGGAAAAGAGUAUUCUUUUUUAUAUAAUUUUGGUUCCUCAACUAUGUCUCACAUAUGGCAGUACCCCACGGGAUAGGAUGCCAUGUAUUUGCAAAUAAAAAGCUUCAUCUUCACAGAACCUCGUUUGGAUGGUUUUUUUCACUUAUUGAAGUCAUAAGUUGUUCAAUU